ACAGUUCCAGCUGGAGGGCGGGUCCCCCUGAGUCCCCAGGACCAGCUCUGAGUGUGCUGGCCCCUGGGCGACCACCGUCCCCACUUACACAUCCUCUGCAAGGGGGUCACUGUCCGAUUCACAUCUGGACACACCACUCAGCCUUUCAGGGCCUCAGUACCUUUACCUGCAGGGUUGGGGGGUGAUGUAGGGUUGAGGAAGGGAGACAGGAAGAUUUCUCAGGCGCUACACCCUCCAACUCCUGUGGAGGCCAAGUUCCCCUUCCAGCCUGGCCACAGUCUCUCCCCCAGGGCUUCCUGUUGGGGUGCCCUGGGCCCCACCCCAGAGCUGGGCACUUCCCUCCCUGACACAGGGUCCUGGACCCACUCUGCGCUGCCAGAGGCAGACAUGGUGCCCCUGCUGCUGCUGCCCCUGCUGUCAGGGGGGUCCCUGCAGCAGCAGCCAGGCUAUGAGCUCCAAGUGCAGGAAUCGGUGACAGUGUUUGAGGGUCUGUGUGUCCACGUGCCCUGCUCCUUCUCCUACCCGUGGAGUUCGUGGUCUUCCUCUACCAAAGUCUACACCUACUGGUACCGGGACGGGGACAACAUAAACCAUCCUGUGGCCUCGAGCAACCCAGAUAAACCAGUGAAGAGAGAGACCCAAGGCCGAUUCUUCCUCGCGGGCCCCAGGACCAACGACUGUUCCCUGAAAAUCAGAGACGCCAGGAGGAGUGACACAGGACGCUACUUCUUCCGAGUGGAGAGAGGCUUUCCUGAAUAUAAUACCAGAGGAUACUUCCAAGGAUAUACGUUCCAAGGAUAUAAUUACAAAGAUAAGAUGCUGGAUUUGAAGGUGACAGACAAACCCCACAUCCAGAUUCCGGAGCCGUUGGAGUCCGGCCGCCGCACAGAGCUGGUCUGCAGCCUGCCAGGGGCCUGUGAAAGGGGACAGCGUUUCACCUUCUCCUGGGCGGGGGCCGCUGUGGACUCGCUGAACCCCCCAAUCCUCCGCUCCUCGGUGCUCACCUUCACCCCGAGGCCCCGGGACCAUGGCACCAGCCUCACCUGUCAGGUCCAAGUCCAACAGCCUCAGUUGACCACACAGAGGACCAUCCGGCUCAACGUCUCCUAUGCCCCAGGGAACCUCACCAUAGGCGUCUCCUUCAGAAAUGUCACCGCCUUUAAGAAUCUGCAAACCACAGCCCUUUCCAUCCUGGAGGGAGAGGCCCUGAGGCUGCGCUGUGAGGCUGACAGCAACCCCCCUGCCGAGCUGAGCUGGUUCCGGGGGUCCCCAGGCCCGAACGCCACCCCCCUCUCCAGCACCGCGAUCCUGGAGCUGCCUCGCGUGGAGCCUGCACAGGAAGGAGAGGUCACCUGCCAAGCUCGGCACCCGCUGGGCUCCCACAGCGUCUCUCUCAGCCUCUCCGUGGUCUACCCCCCGCAGCUGCUGGGACCCUCCUGCUCCUGGGAGGACCAGGGUCUGCACUGCAGCUGCUCCUCCAGGGCCCAGCCGGCCCCCUCCCUGCGCUGGCGGCUGUGGGCGGGGCUGCUGGAGGGGAACCACAAAAAUGCCACCCACGCGGUCACCUCCAUCUCAGAGGGGCCCUGGACCAACAGCUCCCUGAUCCUCCAUGAGGGGCUCAGCCUUGACCUCAGACUCAGCUGUGAGGCCCGGAAUGUGCACGGGGCCCAGAGCGCCUCUGUCCUGCUGCUGCCAGGGAAGGCCAUGCCCCAGGCAGGAGUGGUUCCUGCGGCUCUCGGAGGUGCUGGUGCCAUGGCCCUGCUGUCUCUAUGCUUGUGUCUCAUCUCCUUUUGCAUAGUGAAAGCCCGCAGGAGGCAAGCAGCCGGGAGACCAAAGGUCAGGAAUGAUGAAGAGCCUGUCAUGGGCACAGUCACCUGGGGUUCCCAAGAAAAGCUAGGGCCAGACAGGCCUCCAGACCAAGCGCCUCCCGUCAAGGAUGCCCCUCCCUCCGGGGAGCAACAAGAGCGCUACUACGCCAACCUCAGCUUUUAUGAGAUGAAGACACAGGAGCCUCGAGACCCAGAGGCCACCAGCAGCCCCGAGUACUCCGAGAUCAAGCGUGCAGGCAAAUGAGGACUCGCUCCGAGCAGUUUAAUUGACUUUUCAGGAGCAACCAUGGAAAGCAGAAGAAAGCAAAUACUAUUUUAAAUGUCACUUUAUAAUUUAUACUCAGCAGAGAGAAUUCAAUAAUGAGGAAGUUAUACAGAUGUUUUGGAACAAAUAAAUGGGGGAAAUUAUUGCCUGUAGAAUAAAAAUAUAGAUUUAAAUUCCCGACAGUAAUAAUAGCUAAGCCCAAAAUAGCUGUGGUGGGGUAAAUGGAUUUUACAUUUCCUAAUAUGUACAUACUAGA